CUGAUUGACAUUCUCCCAAUCUUUCUUUAUAAAACACACAGACAACUCCAUAAUAUUAAUAACCCAUAUAUACUUAGCUUGCUGGUUUCCUUGGCAAUAAUUUAUAUAAUUCUACAAGUUUAAUCGCCUAAUCGGAUUUAGUAAAUGUCUCUCUUACAGGAUUUUUGGCAGUUUCUUCGACCAUUAUCAUCUGGUUUGACAGAGUCGUUCACAACUAGCUGUGACUCGGGCGACUCAGACCCGUGCCGAGAUGACGCAGCUGCUCUUACCCUCAAGUUCGCAGCUAUGGCGUCGAUCCUUAUCUCCGGAGCUGCCGGAGUCUCGAUUCCUCUAGUUGGAACCCUACUUCCGUUAAACGGUGGCUUAAUGAGGGGAGCCAAAGCGUUCGCAGCAGGAGUUAUCCUCGCAACAGGGUUCGUUCACAUGCUCUCGGGCGGAUCCAAAGCUUUGUCCGACCCAUGUCUGCCGGAGUUUCCAUGGAAAAUGUUCCCUUUUCCAGAAUUCUUCGCCAUGGUCGCGGCGCUUCUUACUCUGCUCGCGGAUUUCAUGAUCACGGGAUACUACGAGAGGAAACAGGAGAAGAUGAUGAACCAGUCCGUCGAGUCGCUUGGUACGCAAGUUUCGGUUAUGUCUGACCCAGGUCUUGAAUCGGGUUUUCUGAGAGAUCAAGAAGAUGGAGGGGCGUUGCAUAUCGUGGGGAUGCGGGCUCACGCGGAGCAUCACCGUCAUAGCCUCUCCAUGGGUGCCGAAGGUUUUGAGGCUCUCUCUAAGAGAAGUGGUGUUUCCGGUCAUGGACACGGCCACAGCCACGGCCACGGGGACGUAGGCUUGGACAGUGGUGUGAGGCACGUUGUUGUUUCUCAGAUACUUGAAAUGGGAAUAGUGUCACAUUCAAUAAUCAUAGGAAUAUCGCUUGGAGUAUCACAUAGCCCAUGCACCAUACGUCCUCUCCUUCUCGCUCUUUCCUUCCACCAAUUCUUCGAAGGUUUUGCCCUCGGUGGCUGCGUCGCAGAGGCCAGACUAACCCCGCGUGGAUCUGCCAUGAUGGCUUUCUUCUUCGCCAUCACUACUCCGAUCGGUGUAGCGGUGGGAACGGCCAUUGCCUCAUCUUACAACUCUUAUAGCGUUGCAGCAUUGGUGGCUGAAGGAGUGCUCGAUUCUCUCUCUGCGGGGAUACUUGUGUACAUGGCGCUUGUGGAUUUGAUCGCUGCGGAUUUCUUGAGCAAGAAGAUGAGUGUUGAUUUCAGAGUUCAAGUUGUUUCUUAUUGCUUUUUGUUUCUUGGAGCUGGGAUGAUGUCUGCUCUUGCAAUUUGGGCUUGAUCACUUUUCAUUAUUACUAUUUGUUUAUGAAAGUAAUAAAUUUAGGCAUGCCUUUUUCUUUUUUCUUUUGGACAGAAUUAUUAUAGGUAUGCCUAUCACUCUAUUUGUUUCAAAAUAAUGUUUGUAAUCAAUUCUAUUAGAUAUUCACUCUUUAUCAAUCAUGUUAUAUAUUUUUGUAGCUGG